UUUUAAAAACAGGAAAGGGGACAAAUGAGUAGAUGGAGUCACCAACCUGAAAAAGGAGGUUCAAACAUAGGAUAUAAUCAAGGAGAACAUACCCGAGGAACAAAUCCUCAACAUACAGGAAAAAUAUUUCAGCAGGAAUCUCCAAAUGAUCAAAGCCAUAAUGUCGGACAAAUCAAUGACACAAAAUCAGAAAAUAAUGCUCUUAAGUUAAUAAUCUGCUUAAUAGCAAUUCCAAUUGUGAUUAUAGGUUUUUUUCUGGUCUUUAACUGGCUAAAGAAAAAGUUCAAGGUAAAUAGCACUCAGCCAAGAGUCAAAAACACUAUCCUGCAGAAGCCGAUGGAUCUCCUGCAUAUCAGCACAAGCAGGAAGAACGACACCAAUGGCACAAUGUAUUCCAUUGACGUCGAAGAGGUCGAUGAAAUUGAGAAGAAGACUAGUAAAAGAGACCCAGUGCCUACAUACCACAAGAUGUUAGAGUCCGAGAGUAACGAAAUUGAGUUUCAAAGGAAUGCCUUUCCCGAACAUCAUACUCUUGACAUGUCCCAGUUGAGAUAUAAAAACCCUCAGAGUGGCCUCUUUGAAGAGGAAAAAGUUGAUGGUGAUUUUAAUAGAAUGGGACAGAAAUUGAAUUUCCUUGGUGAUGACUUCAGCGAGUCUUAAGCCUCAAUAUAAGAAUUCAAAUCAAAACUUUUGAUUGGGCCAAUCAAGUUUAAAUUGUAAUUAUCAUGAAAAUGUUU